AUGGCAACUUUUGAAGCUCUGUAUAGUAGAAGGUGUGUAACUCCUCUGUGUUGGUAUGAGUCUGGAGAGAGUGUGGUGGUUGGGCGCAAAGUUACUCCUGUGACGGGUGUUGGCAAGGAAUUGAAGUCACGUAAGUUGACGACGCGUUUAAUUGGUCCUUUUCAUAUUUCUAAGAGAGUAGGUGAAGUGGCAUAUCAGAUUGCAUUGUCACUGUCACAUGCUAAUCAUCACGAUGUGUUCCAUGUGUCUCAAUUGAGGAGGUACAUUGCAGACCCAUCACAUAUUAUUCAAUUAAAUGAUGUUCAAGUAAGGGAUAAUUUGACGGUUGAUACAUCACCUAUGCGAAUUGAGGAUCGAGAAGUUAAGAGGCUUCGUGGUAAGGAAAUCGCUUUUGUGAAAGUGAUUUGGGGCGGAGUAGCCGAUGGCAACAUUACUUGGGAACUCAGGGAUAAGAAGAAGAAAUCAUAUUCGGAGUUGUUCGUUUGA